AUGUCUCCAAAGGACGAAAGAAAAACUGAAACAGAGUUUGAAGAUGUCUUGAAUCGUGAAGUGGGGCAAUUUGGCAAGUUUCAGUUGAUAAACAUACUUCUAAUGGGACUGCCUGCAAUUGCCUCUGGAUUCCUAGCGGGAGAUUAUAAUUUUGCUGCAGCCAGACUCCCUUUUCGGUGUGCUAUUCCAGAAUGCGACGGUGACUCUCCUGUUUAUGCACCUGAUUGGAUACUCAAUGCAAUACCAGAGACAUCGACGGGCUUCGCAGACUGCACCCGAUACGCCGGCCGGUAUAAUACAUCAGAAAUUCCGAACAACACGUGCCCCAUUGAACUAUUCGAUAAAAGUGAAAUAAUACCAUGUGACGGUUAUGUUUAUGAAAGAACAAACUCUUUAGUUUACGAUUUUGGCCUUGAGUGUCAAGAGUGGAUUCGUACUUUAUCUAUAACAUUAAACAGUGUCGGUGCCAUGGUCGCACUCCCGGUUGCGGGAUGGGUGUCUGACUACUUUGGGCGUCGCGUAUCAAUUGUUCUAUUUGCCUUCAACGUUGUCGUUAUCGGUAUCAUAAAAGCAUUUUCUACUAACUAUAUAAUGUAUCUUGUAACACAAUUUUUACAUACAGCACUAGGUGGUGGUGUAUUCAGUGCAGCAUAUAUACUAGCUGCAGAAAUAGUAGGUCCGAAAUAUCGAGUCACUGCCAGUGUUCUAAUGUCUACAAUGUUUGCUUUGGGCCUUGCUUUGGUAGGUGCAAUAGCGUCUGCUGUAUCUUACUGGCGACAUCUUACCUUAAUAUAUUUCGUACCGAUGACAUUAAUAUUAACAUAUUAUUGGAUUCUGUGCGAGAGUCAUCGAUGGUUGCUAAGUAAGCAUAAGAAUGAUAAGGCUAAGAUAGCGUUAGAACGUGCAGCGAAUCUAAACGGGAAAAAGAUAUCGGACGAAGCAAUGAUUUUUUUGCUAUCAGCCAUACCGCGCACCAAUGAAACAGAAACAAAUAAAAAUCUUAUCAUGCGUGUUCUAAAAUCACCAGUUAUGUUGAGGAGAAGUUGUACAACACCUAUUUUUUGGAUUGCGACUACAUUCAUAUAUUACGGCAUGACAAUUAACUCUGUGAGUUUAUCAGGCAAUAUGUAUGUAAAUUAUAUACUUGUUGCUUUAGUAGAAAUCCCUGGAUUUUGGACAGCCUACUUCACAUUGGAUAGGUUGGGCCGUAGAUUAACAUUAUUUUCAGGUUUUGCGUUAUGUGCUGCUUGCUGUAUGGGAUUUGCUUUUACUCCUCACUCACGCUAUGGUUUAUCGUUAUUUCUUUACUUAGUAGGCAAAUAUUGUACUGGUCUUAUCAUGACAUCUGUGUAUUUAUUUACAUCAGAAUUAUAUCCUACGAGGCAUCGACAUUCGUUUCUUGGAUUUUCUUCAAUGCUAGGUCGACUAGGAACUGUGGUAGCAUCUUUUACUCCACCUUUAAUGGAUUAUUGGACCGGAAUUCCAUCAGUAAUGUUUGGCACAGUCUGUAUAAUAACGGCCCUUUUAGUACUGACACAACCGGAAACUUUGGGCCAAAAGGUUCCAGACACUUUUGAAGAUGCUGAAGUAUUAGGAAAGAUCUGA